AUGCGAAGGUUCUCUCACGUCUUAGGCAAAGAAGUGUUAAUCAAGUCGGUAGCGCAAGCUCUUCCUAGCUAUGCUAUGAAUGUGUUCUUACUUCCGUUGGAGAUUAGCAGAGAUAUAGAAAGUUCCAUGGCGAGAUUUUGGUGGAAGAGUUCUUCGAAGGAAAACAAAGGCAUUCCUUGGAUGUCUUGGGAUCGGAUGUGUAAGAGUAAGAAUAAUGGAGGUCUUGGGUUUCGGAAUCUUCAUGAUUUUAAUUUGGCUUUGUUGGGCAAACAAGGUUGGCGCUUUUUAACAAGACCCGAGUCCUUAGUGUCGCGAAUCUUUAAGGCAAGAUACUUCUCCAAUGGAACAUUUCUCUCGGCCUCUUUAGGGAACAAUCCAAGCUUUGUGUGGCGAAGUGUUUGGGAAGCUCAAGCUCUAGUUCGUGCGGGAGUUCGUUGGAGUGUGGGAAACGGAGCUUCUAUUGAUGUACUAAACGAACCAUGGCUGCCUGAUCAACAUAAUCCUUUUGUAAGUUCCUCUCAUCCAGCUCUCCAUCAAGCAAAAGUGAAUAAUUUAUUGACCAUGGACAUGAGUUCAUGGGACAUUGAGUUACUGAAGGAUUUAUUUGAGGAGAGAGACCAUGAUUUGAUCUUGCAAAUUCCUUUAGGCAUCCAUCGGGAUUCGGAUAGGAAAUUUGUUUUGGACGGAAGCUAA